AUGGAUCACGGUGACCACUCUGGACAUGGCGGCCAUUCGAUGCCUGGGAUGGAACAUGGUAUGCCAGCAUGUUCUAUGAACAUGCUGUGGAACAAUCAAGUUGCGAAUACUUGUGUAGUCUUUGAGUCAUGGCAUAUAUCGGGUCCUGUGACAAUGGCCAUCUCAUGCAUCGCAGUCAUAGCGAUUUCAUUUGGAUAUUCCACUCUGCUGAACACGAUCAAAUCGAUGGACCGUAAAAUCGCCUUAUCCCUAUAUCAGACAUCCCCACCCAACCGAAGGGAGAGCGUACACCCCAAUGGGAUCAGGCGGGAGAGCAGUAUACCUCCUGUAGCAGGUGGAUAUAGUGCCAUUGAAGGUGGUGCACUGGCUAAGGCCGGAAUGACCCGAUUGUCGCUCUCAACACGUCUGACAAGAGCUUUCCUCUAUGCUCUAUCAGUCGCAAUCUCAUUCUGGCUUAUGCUGGUAGCUAUGACCUACAACACAUAUCUGUUCGCAUCUAUAAUUAUUGGAGCCUUCUUAGGACAUGUCAUGUACGAGGGUGAGAUGGACGUAGGAUCUGUUCUAGGAGGCGGGAAUGGGAAAGGAUUAGCAUGCCAUUAG